CCGAGUCAUUCGCUGGCGCAACCGAGGACUGGUGUUCUGAAGGCACUCCUACAAAGACGCUUCCGUGCAGGACACAAUGUCGUGCUCGAUGUCCUGCUGCGACACGAGGAAGACGGGCGCUCUCGGGACGCCCCUGUGCACGCCGAGACGGAUAGAAGGUGAAAAUGGUCCGAAGAGAGGGACCCAGAUGCCCAUCGGCUCACCCGGCGCCGCAUCGACGUCAACAGCAGCGGGUGUCACGAGAGAGGGCUCGUCUGAGAGUCUGCGAAGCCUGGAGGAGACGCUGGCGCGGGGCGCGAGCAGCCGGGCAGACAAGCGGGAGAUCCAGAAGGUGCUCAAGGCGGCGCUGGCCAAGUUCACCAAGGACAUGCGGAAGGGAAAGCUGCUCAUGAAGCUGGGCAAGAACGGGCGGCUCUUCUACCGAUUGUGCACUAUCGACCACAGUGAAGAUGUACGUGGGGAAACAUACAAUGCGGGAGACUCACGGGCAUGGGAGACACACCGCCAUCUCUGUCUGCAGGUGUUUUCGAUCCACAUUAGAGGAGCCAUAGUGGAGUUCCCUUUCGAGUCGAUGCACCGGAUAGACUACGGAUACAACUUCGCGGAAGGUGGCCAGAUCCCCAUCAGCCUGCCGUCCGAGAGCCUGGCGGCGUCGAUUGUCAUGAAGCUGGGGCCGCCCCCUGUGCCCCGGGGCGCCCCGCCCCUGUCGCCGCGCCAUGAGGUGGUCAAUCUGGUGUUUGGGUCGGUUUCUGAGAGGGACGAAUAUGUGGUGUGCAUGCUCCUGAUGAGGAACAAGAGCCAACACAAGGCCAAGGCAAGGAUGUGGAGGCUAUGGUGACCGAUCGAUGUGUGUGCUGGGAGACGUGUGGACCGUGCGCACGUGUGUACGUGUGUGGAGACAUGACUGCGUGUGUAGACAUGACUGCAUACACUGAGGGAUGUAUCUCUGCGUGACGGAGAGAGAGAGAGAGAGAGAGAGAGACGAACACACACAAGAGGGGGGGAAGGAAAGCGGAUAGUUGACUUGGCCACAGAUGGAGUCUGAGCAUAAUACCACAAUGACAAAUAGG